AUGUGUAUAGCUUUGCCUAUAGCAUUUCCUCCAUGUUAUUUAAACAAAUAUUGUUUGAAAGUAAUUCCCAACAUCUACUGCUCUUCUAGGCUGAUCAACUCCAAAAUGGUACCUCAAAAUCUGUGCCAGCUUUGCAAAUGUUUGUUUCUGAGUAAGUUGAAACUGAACUCAGUAAAUGUGGCUGGUUUGGCUAGAAGGAUCCAUUCUUCAUCACAAAAGCUUUCUGACUCUGAGUCACAGGAACAAACUGUCCAGAAAUGUGAAUCUGAAGAGCUGCCUCAAAAUACAGAGAACAGUGAUUCUGGAAGAUUGCACGUACCAGUGAUGCUGGAGGAGGUUGUUAAUUGUUUAUCCCCUCAGCCUGGUCAGCGUUUCCUGGACAUGACAUUUGGAGCUGGAGGUCACACAGCAGCUCUGCUGGAGAGAGCCAGAGACAUCACAGUGUAUGCCCUGGACAGGGACCCCACAGCUUACAGCAUGGCCCAGCAGCUGGCAGCAUCCUACCCGAACCAGCUUCAGCCUCUCCUGGGAAGGUUCAGCCAGUCAGAGGCUUUGUUAAUCUCGUCUGGGGUUGAGCCAGGCACUCUGGACGGAGUUCUCCUGGAUGCUGGCUGUUCUUCCAUGCAGUUAGACACACCUGAAAGAGGCUUCUCCCUGCAGAGGGAUGGGCCCUUGGACAUGAGGAUGGAUCAUGACAGGUGUCCUGGCAUGGCCACGGCUGCGGAUGUGGUGAACGCGCUGGACCGGCGGUCGCUGGCAGCGGUGCUGAGCGCGUACGGCGAGGAGCGGCACGCCAGGAGGAUCGCCUCUGCCAUCGUGCAGGCACGCAGCAUCUACCCCAUCACCAGCACCAGGCAGCUGGCCAGCAUCGUGGCAGGUGCUUUUCCAGCAUCAGCGCUCUACGCACGGAAGGACUUGCUUCAGAGACCUGUGCAUGUUGCUACUAAAACUUUCCAAGGCCUGAGGAUAUUUGUGAAUGAUGAGCUCCAUGAACUCCUGAUAGGGCUGAAGACAGCUGAGAAGUUCCUGAGGCCUGGAGGUCGCCUUGUGGCCCUGUCCUUUCAUUCCCUGGAAGAUCGAAUCAUCAAACGUUUCCUUCAUGGCAUUGACAUGACAGAGAAACACAACCUUGGCUCAAAGCAGAAGAUCAGACAGGCUCUGAAAAAGGCCUCCAAAGGAGAAGACACACAAGGAUCUCCCUGUGGAAAAUCCAACUCCAAGUGGAUUUCUAUACACAAAAAAGUUCUCACACCCCAGGCCAAGGAUAUUCAAACAAACCCAAGAGGAAGGUCGGCCAAGCUAAGAGCUGCUAUUAAACUCUAAAUGAAAAUAUAUGAUUAUAUGAUUGUAUCAUUUCCUGAAAUUCUGUUUUCCAGAAUGCUAACUGGACAUUUGUCAAACUGAUAUUUGUCAAACUGAAAAAAUAAAAGGAAGGCUGUGAGAAAACUUUUCUUUCUUACCUUUGUGCUUCUUUGUGCUUUGCUUAGGAAGUAGUAUAGAGCAUGAAAAUGUAAACUAAAUGCAUAUGAGUGUCACUAAUUAUACAAAAAAGACAUCAUUUUUUAAAAGAGCAUCAAACACCAAGUUUAUAAAAUUUGCAGGUUUGAUGUAUUUAUAGUAUUCCCUUUAGAUUAAUUUCAAAAUCCUGGCAUUAAGAGUCUAAAUUCAGUAGCUAAUUGAGACAUAUUUUUAUGGGGGUGGAUUUCACACACCUGAUUCAGAUGUGUAGUUUAGUCUAGAGUAAGUUUAAACUAACCUAAGAAUUGUUUAUAUAUCUGUUUCUGUA